UUUCGGUCUAUCACGACUCGCAAUACCAAGACCCCUCAUGUUGACUGAAAUUGACCAACUCGAGAUCCAUGUCAUCGUCAAUGACGAGCUGGACCCUAUUUCUCCAAGCCCGAAUCCAGCUGUGCAAGUUGCUAGCCGGUUUAUGGGCAUCCCGCUCUCUCCGCUGCCAUCCGGCACUGAGCGGGGUGGCGCGCAAAUGGAAAUGCGCAUGGACAACAUCUGUUGUGCGGCACAUGGGAUCUCUUUGCUCUUGAUUGCUACAAAGGGCGACAAAAAACACUACUUUCUCUUUGACGCCGGGCCAGAGGGCGAAGUCUGGGAGAGGAAUUCUGGUCGCCUUCGCGCCGAAGUGGGCCGCAUUGAGCACGUUGCUUUGUCGCAUUACCAUCGCGAUCAUUCUGGUGGCCUAACCAAGGCGAUUGAGCUCAUCAACAAACACGAUCAGGGAGGCAAGAAUGUCGUGGUGGACGUGCAUCCGGAUCGUCCGGCCUACCGCGGCGUGCAGGCUGAUCGGCCAAUCUCCCUAGAAGCGGACCCUUCCUUUGAGGAGCUAGAAGCUGCCGGAGCGACUUUGCUCAAAAGCGACCGACCGCACACCGCACUGGACAAUUUCUUCAUGGUGUCCGGGGAGAUCCCGCGCGAGACCAGCUACGAAGAUGGCAUCUACGGUGGUCUGCGGUUUGAUGAAGCGACCAUGAAGUGGAAGGAGGAUACACUAAUCAUGGAAGAGCGGUAUGUUAUGUGCAAUCUCAAAGGCAAGGGGCUCGUGGUCUUCACCGGUUGCGGGCACGCUGGAAUCGUGAAUACCUGCCACGACGCAGUCAAGCUCGGCAAUGGCACCCCAUUAUACUGUGUGGUGGGCGGAUAUCACUUGGCUGAUGCAGACGAUGCCAAAUUGAAUGCCACCAUGAAUGAUUUGAAGAAGCUGCAGCCAAAGGUUCUGCUGGCGGGUCAUUGCACGGGCUGGCGGUUCAAGUGUCUCAUUGCGCGUGACCUUCCCAAUUGUUUGGUCCCAUGUUUUUCGGGCAGUAAGUAUACUUUGUAGGAGCAGUGAAUCAAUGUCACGAACGGUAGGGCCUGACGACUGGGCUGCCCUGCUGAGAUUGAGAGAAGGGACGCUAAGGGCCAGGCGAUAUAGUUAAGCGUAUUUGCUCUAUUUGAGAACAUAUUGUACACCCG